UUUUUUUUUUUUUGUACCUGGUUGAGUCUUCUCUAGCUUUUGUUGGAAGUAGAUGCUUUUAACUACAUUCCACUGUGAGAUUUGUGUUGCAGUGAUGUCAUCUCAUGACUCAAUGGGGCUGGUCUUUAAGUGCUUAUCGAAAGGAGCAGUUGACUUUCUUGUUAAGCCAAUAAGAAAAAACGAACUUAAGAUCCUUUGGCAGCAUGUUUGGAGGAGAUGCCAAAGUUCUAGCGGUAGUGGAAAUGAGAGUGGAACGCAUCAAACUCAGAAGUCUGUGAAAUCAAAGAGUAUUAAAAAAUCUGAUCAUGAUUCGGGAAGCAGUGGUGAGAAUGAAAAUGGGAGCAUUGGCCUGAAUGCUAGUGAUGGAAGUAGUGAUGGGAGUGGCGCUCAGAGCUCUUGGACAAAAAAAGCUGUGGAGGUUGAUGAUAGUCCACGAGCGGUAUCUCUAUGGGAUCGAGUCGAUAGUACUUGCGCCCAAGUAGUACAUUCUAACCUCGAGGUUCCAAGUAAUCAGUUGGUUGCAGCACCUGCUGAUAAGGAGACCCAAGAACAGGAUGAAAACUUUGAAGAUGUCACAAUGGGUAGAGACUUAGAGAUCAGUAUUCGUAGAAAUUGUGAUCUGGAACUGGAGCCAAAAGAUGAACCCCUAUCUAAAACUCCUGGCAUUGUGAGACAGGAUAAUUCAUUUGAAAAGAGCUCUAGUAGAUGGAAAAUAAAUGUUGGGAAAGGACCAUUGGAUCUCAGUAGCGAAAGUCCUUCAAGUAAACAAAUGCAUGAAGAUGGAGGCUCGGGUUUUAAAGCUAUGUCUAGCCACCUUCAAGAUAACAGAGAACCUGAGGCGCCUAACACUCACUUGAAAACUGUAGAUACAAAUGAAGCUGCUGUCAAAAAUUCCGAAGAGCUUAUGCACGUUGAAUAUAGUUCAAAGAGACAUAGAGGAAUUAAAGAUGAUGGGACAUUAGUUAGGGAUGACCGCAAUGUGCUGAGGCGUUCAGAGGGAUCAGCUUUCUCAAGGUAUAAUCCAGCCUCAAAUGUAAAUAAGCUUUCUGGCGGGAACUUAGGAAGCAAUUCGCUUCAUGAUAAUAGCAGCCAGGAUCUAUUAAAAAAGACUGAAGCCGCAUGUGGUUGUCAUUUAAACAUGAACGAGAACGAGAGUCUCCCCAAUAAUCACCGCUCACAUGUUGGUAGCAAUAACUUUGAUAUGAGUUCCACUACUGAUAAUAACGCAUUCACAAAACCAGUAGCUCCAAAAGUAAGCUCAGCAGGAUCUUCAUCAGUCAAGCAUUCAUCAUUUCAACCUUUACCCUGUGAUCAUCAUAAUCAGCAUGCCUCCUAUAAUCGUGUCCAUGUCGCUGAGAGGAAGCUACCUCCUCAAUGCGGAUCCUCAAAUGUGUACAACGAAACGACUGAAGGUAACAACAACACAGUGAAUUACAGUGUGAAUGGAAGUGUAUCAGGUAGUGGUCAUGGAAGCAAUGGGCCAUAUGGAAGCAGCAAUGGUAUGAAUGCUGGAGGAAUGAAUAUGGGUGGUGAUAACGGUGCUGGCAAAAACGGGAAUGGCGAUGGUAGUGGAAGCGGAAGCGGAAGUGGUAGCGGAAACGUGGCGGAUGAAAAUAAGAUCUCUCAAAGGGAAGCUGCUUUGACAAAGUUCCGUCAGAAGAGAAAAGAGAGGUGCUUCAGAAAGAAGGUACGAUACCAAAGCCGGAAAAAACUUGCGGAACAACGCCCUCGUGUGCGUGGCCAAUUUGUCCGUAAAACAGCGGCUGCAACGGACGAUAGCGACAUAAAAGACAUUGAGGAUGGAUAGCUAACGGAAAAAAACCCAAGUAUUUCUCAUCCCUGAAAACAUGAGUAAUGUGCUCAUCAUCUAUCUUAUAUAUAUCUUAUCUGUCACAUGUUUUAACAUUUUCCCUUCAAAGUCUGAUUCUUUUGAUACUACUACUACUAGUACUAUUCACGAAACAAAGAGACGACGACAUUUGAUUGUUUGCCAUUGGUCGUUGUCUGGUGUGGUUUGUGAAAUUAGGACGAAGGGUUCGGUUUCAUAAGUUCCAGGAUGUAGUGGAAGAAAUAUCUUUGUAGAUGUCGUAAACUUGUAAAAACAAUAACACCACUUGUUUGUAUUUUAUAUUUUUGUAUAAGCUUUGCUUUUUGGAGCCGAACGCAAUACGGUGUCACAUUUGUACCAGCAUUAUCUCUUGUAAUAUAAAUGUGAUUUAGCU